CCACAGUCACGCACACCACCACAAACGCAGCGUUACGCGUCGUUCGACGUCGGUGUUUGUGUCUACGUCACGUCGGCUUAAAUUAUGUUUUAAUUACCCAGCGGCAACUGCGAAUGCAACUGAAUCGAAGCACAGAAUGCUCCCUCAAUUGCAUAACAUCACUUGCGCAUGAGUGUGUGCGUGUGUGAGGAAACGCCAGAGGAGCGAAACACACCACACCGAACAGCGGCGUAGGGAAAGAGACGGCAGAAGCAGCUGAAUUGCAGUACAAGCAGGGUUCAUCGCUAACAAAAAAACAAGCCAUGUACUCCUGCUGAAUUUCGAAAGCGACUUAUUAUCGCCUGAUUACCAACGAACAGUAUUCGCCCGAUCAAACGCCACAUAACCCCCUAAACUCACCACAGCACAUUGGAAGUGGGUGGGAGUCGCCGCUAAGCUGAAAUUGCAGCCCUGGAAAUGGACGUUUCGGUGCAGUGCUGACCUGGCCACACUGACCAGCCCCCGAUUUAGUUGCUGUUUUUUUACAUAACUCGCCACAUUCGUUCUCUUCGGAAUACGUGAUAUAUAUAUAUAUAUGAUAAUACGAUAUAUAUUAUGGCCGUUUUCCUGAUCAACGUCUGCAAGUACAAUGGCUGCGGCAUCACGUUUCCGAGCUUGAGCGAUCUGAUUUCCCACAUCGAGGACACCCACAUAGACUAUGACCCAAAGGUGGUCGAACAGAAGGAGCAGGCCCAGCCUGCCUGCCUGCCCUUAAGUUAUGUCCUGCGCUUCAUCACCGAGGAGAACCGCAAGGAGGCGGGCUCGUUCCUGGCCAGCAACACAACAGCCCCACCGACCACCAAUAGCGGAUCCAAUGCAGCUGGCCACGGGAAUGGCAAUGUGGAGCUCAAGCGAAAGCUGGCCAUCAAGCACCACAGUUACAGUAUGUCCUCGUCCAACCGCAGCACCACGCCAACAGGCAGCGAAAUGGACGAGGACGAAAUGGUGGUCACGGAGUCGGAGGAUAGCAACGACUCCUGGACCACCGAGGAGUUUAGCUCGGAGUUUAUCAUGCGCUACGGCAGCAGGCAUUCCGGUGGUGGAAGCAAUGGCACGCCCGGCAAUGAGAAACCCUUCGCCUGCCCUGUUCCGGGAUGCAAAAAGCGUUACAAGAACGUCAACGGCAUCAAGUACCAUUCGAAGAACGGUCACAAAAAGGACGGAAGAGUGCGCAAGGGCUACAAGUGUCACUGCGGCAAGAGUUACAAAACGGCCCAGGGCCUGAAGAACCACGCGCUGCACACACACAACUCGCAGCCGGAUAGUGUGCUGAAUGCCCAGCUGGCCAAUGCGUUGGCCAUAGGCGAUGGGGCCAGUGCGGCCACGCCUGUGGGCAGCAGCAACACCUCCUCCAAUCCGAACCCGCCGCCCAUCAUUCAGCGCAGCAACUCGCCGUCUCAGUCGCUGGGCUCGUUGAGUCCGUCGAGCAUCAGCAACAUGUCGAGCAGCGCCAGCAGUUGCCAUGGAGGCAGCGGCAGUCUGUCGAACGGGAAUAAUGGCAACAAUGGGAGCACUACUAGCAACACUGCCAUUCUCACUAGCAACGGGAAUGUCCUGCAGCAGCUCAGUGCCGGGAAUGUGGUCACCCUGACCAAUCUUCCCACGCAACAGCAUCAGCAGCAACAGCCGCAGCCGCAACAGCAGCAGCAGCAGCAACUCCAUCAAAACACUGCAACAGAAACCUCUUACUCCUGCUCAAACAACAGCAACCUCAGCAAUCCCAACAGUAACCACGGCAGCAGCGAUUCCAGCAAGCCGCCCACGACUCUCCUGUCCGUCAACAAGAGGUCCACAGCAAUCGCUUCAGCGAAACUGCCAACCACCGGCAAUUCCCUGCCCAUGCAGAUCUCACCCAACUUCAUUGAGCACAAGUAUUCCGCGCUGGACAUGAAGGAGAAGUUCUUCUUGAAUCUGAGGGCCGGCAAAGCGGUGGCCAGUUCACAGGGAGCCGAUAGAAUGGGCUCACCAAUGGGACACCAAUCGGAUGUUGGCAUUUCCGGCGGAUCAGGAGCAGGCGGUGGCUUGCGGGCGGUUGCUGUGGGUCAAAUGUGCGCGCUGCAAAACGAGCACAUUCACCAAAAUCUCUUCAAGAAAACGAUCAACUGAUCGGCAUAUCGGAUGAGAAGGCAAGAGAGUUGGCUGUGAUGAAGUAGUAACUAACUGACUAACAAACCUGACAAGAGGCGGAGAAAGAGGAUUCGUCAAUAAGGCAGAUGGGAAAAGGAUGCAGAAGCUGCAGCAAUUAAUGAAGGAGGGAUAAGUGAGGGAGUUGGGCGCCGCCCUACGGUCCUUAGAGAAGUUUUCCAAGACAAGGCAACAAGAAGCAAGAAGCAAGAAUUUCCAUUGGCUUCCAAAACACCACAAAAUGCAAAAAAAAAAAAAAAAAAAAAAACAGAAACAAAUUCCAAGCAUUUCGCAACUAUUAAAAAAUAUCACCCACUAGCACACACAAAAUCAUUAAACCUAAUCUCAAACAUAUUUAAGCUGGCCUGCUUAGAAAAGCUUCUCUAAAACAGCUUUAGAUAAUUUUAAAAUUAAAGGAAACAAAACAAAGCAAACAAAAAUUUGAAAAAAAAAAUUAAUUAUACAAGCGACAACAUUUUAGUAAAUACAUUUGGAGAAUUUUCUUCAACUAGUCAUUAUUGUAGUUAAAUUAAAUUUUUGAUUUUUAUACGCAUAAAAACAUAACUUUCUAACCUACUGGUUGGUGGAAUUCCCGAACCCUAUAUUUAUAACUUAAGAAACCUCUAUCCUGUGUACAAUUUCAAUGAAAUCUUAGUGAAGGGUCUUUCCCCAAUCAGUUGUUUGCGUCAUUUUAAUUGAAAAUUAUAAAUUGUCUAAAAGAAAUCCAUAGAAGCGAAAUGGUGCACGGAAAGCGUUUUCGUGAGACCAUCGGAAUUAGGAAAAUUAUAGGUCGCCAACUUGCCAAGGCAACUUUGAGCGAGGGAUGCAAAAUUUAUAAAUGUCGAAUAUUUCAAACAUAAAAUAGUUAGCUACAAAUUUAGGGGAAGCCGGGAGGCGUUUCCACAUAGGAGCCACAAUAACUCUACAGUAGUUAUAGUAUUAUAAUUAUAGAUUACGCUAUUGUUUAUAGAGCAGAGCAUGCAUCUGUAGCUGUGUGAGUGUUUGUCCGUGCAUGUAUUGUAAUUGUUUAUUUAUAGUGUUCGAACGUCCCCUAAGUGUAAAGUCCCCGACAAUUACAAAAUAUACGAUAUGAAUAUAAAAUAUAUUUGUCCAUUCUCUCGACGAUUGUAUAGCAUUGUACGCCCCUGAUUCAACAAUCGAACUUCCUAUCCUAGCAGAAUCGGGUUCCUUAACCAUUCAAACAGAACAAAAAUGAAAUUUUUAAAAUACGAUACGAUAUUUACAUCAAGUAUACAUCAUAUACAUCAAUUUAGUCAGCCGCCAAAACAAAACAAAAUAAAAGUAAACUUUUCAGAGCGCAUUUCGCAGACGCGCAGCGUCUUAAAAAUUAAUCACAACUAAACUAAAUAGUUCAGCGUCCCUAUAGAUAUAACAUCUAGCUAUCGAUGAAUACCUAUAUCUAAAUACAACAAUAUAUUUAAGACCCACGCUUAAGCGAUGCCAAACGGAUCGCCCUAGUUUAGCCAAACAACUUUUAUAUGAACGCAAACUAUCUUCGGAUCCCCGGAGCUCCAUCGAGUUUUCAGUCAGGAGAUGCAAGUCAAAUCCCUACCCGAUAACUCACAUUCAAACUUUCAGAAUGGAUAUGAACUCAAACCCUCUAAUGAAAACAAUAAAAUGAGUAUGUCAUCUUAUAUAAGACUGCUGUUAUGUUCGUAAAUAUAUUUAAUAUAUGUAUGUAAAAUUAACGAAAAACAAAACCACACACAAAAAAAGUAAUAAAACCGAAAUAACUUUUAAAUAAAAAAAUCACAAAACACAGAAAAUGAAUAAAAAUCUAUAUGAAUAGUUAACGUAUUCGUACUCUACCUACAUACUAUUACUAUGUACUAUAUAAUGUAUUGUAACUGUAAUUUACUAAAAUCGUAAUAAUACGUAGAGAAUUAACUGACGUUUAAACAUAAAUCAUCGACAUCCACAUAAACACACAAAGAGUCCCUAUUUGAGUUGAAAACGAGAGCUCAAAGGGGAUAAUUGGCACAUCCAUAAGCCAGAAGAAAUCAUUAUCAUCCACAAAAACAAAAAAAAAGUAGUAAAAUAUUCUCUUUUUGCUUUAUGUGAUCUAUUACAUACUACAUAAACAUAUGUAUAAUAAU